UCUCAUGUCUUAUUAUUUCGCACCUUCCUCUAUAAAGCAGCCAACCCAACACUCUCACUCUCCAAUUAAACACCACUCUUAACUUAACGCACGAACCCCCACACGCACCCUCUCUCUCUCUCUCUCUCUCUCUCUCUCUCUUCAAAUGGACAAACCCAUAACCGAACCAUGGCGACCGGACCUAGCACUUUUCCGGCCACCGGAAACACCGCGUGAGCCUAUGGAGUUUCUUUCACGUUCUUGGAGUGUAUCAGCUUUGGAAGUAUCAAAAGCUCUAGCUCCACCGCAAAUGCUCCUCUCUAAAACCAGUGCUGGUUGUGUUAUACAAGAAGAUAUAGCUGGUGAACUAGAAGAGAUUAAUAUUAGUAAUAACAUUAAUAAUAAUAAUAAUAAUGCUACUGUUUCUGGAAACCCAUUUUCUUUUGCUUCUUCUGAAACUUCUCAAAUGGUCAUGGAAAGAAUCAUGUCUCAGUCGCAAGAAGUAUCACCGCGCACUUCAGGGAGGCUUUCACAUAGCAGUGGACCUCUUAACGGUUCUUUAACAGACAGUCCUCCUGUUUCUCCAUCUGAGAUCGAUGAUGUUAAGUAUUCCCGUCCAAAUAACGCCAUCAGUACCCAGUUCAGGACUCCCUCUGCCACGCCUGGUGUUGCCAGCGGUUUCACUGCUGGUGGAGGUGGUGGUGGUAAGACAGUUGGUAGGUGGUUGAAGGACAGGAGGGAGAAGAAAAAGGAAGAAACCAGGGCUCAAAAUGCUCAGCUCCAUGCUGCCAUAUCGGUUGCUGGUGUAGCUGCAGCGGUUGCUGCUAUUGCUGCAGCGACUGCUGCAUCUUCUGGGAAUGGAAAGGAUGAACAAAUGGCAAAAACAGACAUGGCAGUGGCCUCUGCAGCCACAUUGGUCGCUGCUCAAUGUGUGGAGGCUGCAGAGGCUAUGGGGGCAGAGCGCGAGCAUUUGGCUUCUGUUGUUAGCUCUGCUGUAAAUGUUCGCUCUCCUGGUGAUAUCAUGACAUUAACAGCAGCUGCAGCAACAGCAUUGCGUGGGGCUGCAACGUUGAAGGCCAGGGCAUUGAAGGAGGUUUGGAAUAUAGCAGCAGUUAUUCCUGUGGACAAAGGACUAGGUGUAAGUGGUGGAAAUGGUAGUAAUGGUAGUUCUAAUGGUAGUUUCAGUGGUGAACUUGUGCCUGAGGAGAAUUUCCUAGGGAUUUGCAGUAGGGAACUGUUAGCUAGAGGUUGUGAGCUCCUCAAGCGCACCCGUAAAGGUGAUCUUCACUGGAAAAUUGUUUCUGUUUAUGUCAACAGAAUGAAUCAGGUUAUGUUGAAGAUGAAGAGCAGACAUGUAGCUGGGACCAUAACAAAAAAGAAAAAGAAUGUGGUGUUGGAGGUGAUCAAACAUAUUCCUGCUUGGCCAGGCCGCCACUUGCUCGAAGGUGGCGAGCAUCGGCGAUAUUUUGGAUUGAAGACUGUAUUGCGAGGAGUCGUCGAGUUCGAGUGCCUUAACCAGAGGGAUUAUGAUUUAUGGACACAAGGUGUCUCAAGGCUUCUUGCCAUAGCAGAAGAAAAGAGCCAUAGGCAUAGAAUCUAACUUCUAAAAAGGUUGGGAAAUGAGAGCUGGGGAAAAACUUGGGAUAUAGGAUAUAUAUAUAUAUAAUAUAUGUAUAGCCCUAAUGAACGUUAUAAAUGGUUUCAAAAGCUGCUUGUGGGCUAUAUUCUUUUUGCUGUUUCUGUAUUUUGUAAAGGAGGACGAAGGGGAAAUCAAAAGAUCAGUAUUCCAUAUGAGGAGGGUCUCUCUCUCUCUCUUUUGUGUUGGAGUGGGAAUAUAUUUUGGGGGCUUUUGUUUUUGUUUUUGAACUGGAAAAGUAAAAAAAAAAAAGUGCUUUGGAUCAAAGAAAAGCAAAGAAAAAAAAAUCCCAUGUGAUAUCCAAGUGUUUGUUUUAAUUUCAGUGAACAGGAAAUGAAAGGAAUAUCUUGGACUGGGAUGGUCAAAAAGGGGUUGGAGAGAAAGAAGAGCCCAUUUUGAUGAUGGAACAAAAUUUUUAAGAUAUGGCUUUGUUUUUAAUAGUAGCAGCUUUAGCUUUUGUCUCUUGAGUUUUGAUCUAGGGCCUGUGCUUUAAAGUACUUUGGUGUGGUGGAGCCAUGGAGCUAUGAUUGUCUAAUAGAUUUGUUAUCUUGUACUUUAUCCAAUUAAUUUCUUUUGGAUUAAAUUGAAUCAAGAUUUUCUGUUA